GUCUCAUAGAACCAACAACACAAUUCAACUCGUAUAACUUUUUUUUUCCCUCUUCAUCUUAUUUUUAAGUAUAACUCGAAUACAAUAGCAAUGGCGGGUCGUGGUAAAACCCUCGGAUCUGGAUCUGUGAAGAAGGCGACGACAAGAAGCAGCAAAGCCGGUCUUCAAUUCCCUGUUGGUCGUAUCGCUCGUUUCUUGAAGAAAGGCAAAUACGCCGAACGUGUUGGUGCCGGUGCUCCCGUCUACUUAGCCGCCGUCCUCGAAUACCUCGCCGCCGAGGUAUUGGAAUUGGCUGGGAACGCAGCGAGAGAUAACAAGAAGACUAGGAUUGUGCCAAGGCAUAUUCAAUUGGCGGUGAGGAACGAUGAGGAAUUGAGCAAGUUGCUCGGAGAUGUGACGAUUGCUAAUGGAGGUGUGAUGCCCAACAUUCACAAUCUCCUUCUUCCCAAGAAGACUGGUGCUUCCUCCAAGCCUUCUGCUGAAGACGACUAAAAUCAAAUCAACCCAGAUCUGGCUCUCUUGUUCUUAAAAUUUUUAGUUUUUUGUUUGGGUUUUUUUUUUUAUUACGUAAUUUUAGAUUAGAGAUCUAUGGUGAAGAAAGAAUCUAUCUUUUGUGUCUUUUUAUCAAUUUGAAUGUUCAUAUAUGCUUUCAAGUUGAUUCUUAUUGAAUCAAAACAAAAAAAAUUCAAACUU